AUGCGUAAUCAUUAAAAAAUUGUGAGCUUGCGUGAAAAGUGGGGAGCUAGACCUGCAUAUGACAAUCAACCAGCUCUUAAGAAAUCAAAUUACUCAGUAAAUCUUAAUUAGAUAAUGAGGGAAAUAUCCUAAGAUGAAUAACUUGACUAAAUCAAUAGGGAUUAGUUGAAAAUAAAUGAGAAAAAUGGGAAUAACUAGGAUGUUAACGAUUAAAGACUUACUAUUGAAAGUGACACCAUUGUUAUCAACAAUACCAAUGGACUACUGAAUGAAAGUCUCAAUAUCUGUUCAGAGUCAGAGCAAUCUUGCCUCACUAGCAACAGAUCAAGUAUUUAAAUGGGAGAUAGCUCUACUUAUAAUUACAAGUGCCAAAGAUUUGAGUCGGCAUUGAGAAAAGUAGAUCUAGAUAACUUUGUGCUCUAUAACAAAGUCGAUGAGUUCUUGCUUUUGAGAAAAAGCUAGAGUGAGAAUGAGAAUACUGCUCUCAACUCAUUUCAGCCUCUUGAGCCUGAGAUUCGCCAGAAUAUCAAUUUAAACUAAACUGAGAUCGCGUAUAAAUAGUAUAGCAAUUUAUAAACAGAACCUUAACAGCGAGGGCAAGUUAAUCAGGAUUUAAGAUCAAUACUUUAAAAGCGCAGCAACGGUAAAUUUGAGAUCAGUAAUCGUAAGAGAGCCUAGAAAUUUGUAUAUAAAUAAUGGGAAAAAGACUGUUAAUCUAAGUUUGGGCAAAAGUUUAGCAAGUUACUAAACAACCAGAUUACCCACAAGAGAGAAAAUGAGCCAGUUACAAUGUAAAGUAAAAUUUACAACUAUUUGAGUUCACAGGUGGAAAGAAAAACAAUCACAAUUGCAAAAUCGCCUAAAUCUCAUCUUAAAGACAGAGCUAAUAUUAAGGACGAACAAAAUAGGGUAUCCCAUUUGAAUAGAACGAUUUCGAUGAAGGCACCAUCUUCUCAAUUUAAAGCUAAGAAGUUCAAUAAAAACCUAUUUAAAGGGGUAUUUGGAAUCCCUCCUCCCUAAGAGAGACCAGCAACUUAAUUUAUAGAAUUUGAUUUAUCAUACAAGAAAAUGAAGCCCCAAUAAGAUAAGGAAAACAUCACUCCAUACACUUAAAGAGAUGGAAGGAUAAGUGUGAAGAAGAUAGUGGCUCUUCAUUCCCCUAAAUCAAUGAUAAAAAUGAGAGAAGAAAAUCUUGUGAUAAUUGGCAAAAGCCAGUUGAAAAAUGAAGGUGACAGCAAUGAUAAUAAUCAGAGUUUGCCUACAAAUCAUUUAGUUUGA